GGGACACUGGACCCGGAAGUGUCGCUGUGCUUGAAUGCAUGCUUGUUGGUGUGUCUGUUGUCGUCUGUCAUCACUCUCUGAGGUGGAUUAUUAAUAUGGGACCACUGUCAAACGGCACGGUGCUAAAGAACUGGACUACAGGAGCUGGGAACACCUCAAGCUGUCUUCAGUGACCAUCAGGCAGGUGCACUUUGUGAGACAAUGUUGGUGACAGCGUAUCUGGCCAUCCUCUGCCUGCUGGCCCUGUGUGUGGGCCUGGAGCUCACAGCACGCCGCCUCACACCGCCUCAGUCUGCCCCCACGGCUGUAGCCAACCCGGCUUUCCGCCGCUUCCAGAGUGUCUUCCUCCGGGCGUACCUGCUGGCUCUGUGGGCAGACUGGCUCCAGGGUCCUUACCUCUACAAACUCUACCGUCACUACAGCUUCCUGGAGUCCCAGAUAGCCAUCCUAUAUGUGUGUGGCCUGGCCUCCUGCGUCCUGUUUGCUCCCUUUUCAGGCUGGCUCCCUCAGGCUUUGGGCCGCAGACAGACGUGUCUUCUCUUCUGCCUGUCCUACUCGGCCUGCUGCCUCACCAAGCUCUCCAGAGACUACUUUGUUUUGAUUGUGGGUCGAAUCCUGGGAGGUCUGUCCACAUCCCUCCUCGCCACCACGUUUGAAGCCUGGUAUGUGCACCGGCAUGUAGACGUCCACGACUUUCCGAAGGAGUGGAUCUCCAGCACCUUCACUAAAGCUGCUACCUGGAACCAUGGCCUUGCUGUGGGUGCAGGGCUGGUGGCUAACUUGCUGGCUGAGUGGCUCCACCUUGGACCCGUGGCCCCCUUCCUCCUGGCGGUCCCCUGUCUGGGCUGCUGUGCCUGGGUAGUGCUCACGGACUGGGGAAAGGAGGAGGCUGAAGGAGAUCUUGAUGGAGGAAAACAGACUCAGCUCCUCAGUACGCCAAAUGGGGGUGUGGCCCGACUGUCUGCUAAAGCUCGCUUCUCACGCAGCUGCCAAGAUGGGCUCCGCUGCCUGCUGUCAGACAGGAGAGUAAUGGUCUUAGGCGGAGUUCAGGCUCUGUUUGAAAGUGUUCUCUACAUUUUUGUUUUCCUGUGGACGCCAGUACUGGACCCCCAUGGGCCUCCUUUAGGAAUCGUGUUCUCCUGCCUGAUGGCUGCCAGUAUGGUUGGCUCUUUGCUGUACCGCUUAGCCACCUCCACACGUUACUGCCUCCAGCCUGGCCACGUGCUCUGCCUGGCUGUACUGAUGGCCUUCUUCUCUUUCUUCAUGCUGACCUUUUCCACCACUCCGGGACAGCCGAGACCUCACGACUCUUUCCUGGCCUUCCUGCUGCUGGAGUUGGCCUGCGGUCUCUACUUCCCCGCAGUCAGCUUCCUGCAGGGCAGGGUGAUCCCAGAGGAGAAGCGGGCCAGUGUGCUGACCUGGUUCAGGCUGCCCCUGCACCUGCUGGCCUGCCUCGGCCUGCUGGCUCUCCAUGGGGAGGUGUCGGGGACCGGAGGAGGGGAGGCCGGGAGCGGUACAAGACACAUGUUCGGAGGAUGUGCCGUCAUGAUGCUGGCAGCUCUGAUGGCGGUCGUGAGUCUUUUCACACUGGGCAGGAACGACUCCGAUCUGAGACUGGAGGGAACUCGGGGGGAGGGGGAGAUGUACUGAGGAAGUGGAGCUCCUGUCUGUGAUUGUCUGAUACUCAACAUGGAGACCUCAUGUUUAAUUACAGCAGUCUUUGAAUCUUUAUUUUGCCAAAUUCAUCAGUGAAGAAUGUCAGUAUCCUGAAUAUUUGUUUAUUUAAAUAUUUUUUGUUGCACUUCUGCUUUGUUGCUUAUUGUGGGGCUUUUAUCUGAAGGAUCCUUUGGGGAAAAUAGUCAUAUCUAACUUCAUCUGUUAAGUAAUUUGCUGGGAAUUUAGUCAACCUCUGAACCUUGUAUUGUUCCAUUGUUUAUUAGACAUCACCUGUGACUGCUUCAAGAUUAUGUGUUUGACAGAAUAAACAUUUUACUCAGUUUGAAGCCACAUUGAAUGAAAAUCAACAUGAAAAUAUUUGCCUUCACAAAAAGCUCAGUGAAACCCUAAAGAAUAAAAUUCUGUAGCAUGUAGAUCAUUCUUGAAAUGUCACUUCGAACAGUACUUAGGUUCGGUUUCUUCCACGUUGUUUUCCGGUAUGUUUGUAUUUUUAUUGCAAAAAAGAGCUAUGGUAGGUCAGCAUUAUGUUAAGGCAUUUUUUUUUGCAUUGUUUAUGGGAUAUUUUGUCUGAAUUUUUGAACAUAUUUAUGUUCUUUACACUUUUAAAUAAAUCUCCACCCUGUCCUUGUUGUUGUUUACUAUGAGCAGUAUUUCUACUGAGGAUUAGGAAAUGUAUUUUACACAUAAAUCACAACAUCAAAUAAAUGUUUUUGGACUGUU